AUGCCCGAAUACAUCGUUCAAACCGUCGAGGAGGGCGUGGAGCUUCUUGCCCCAGAAGCCCCCGACAACGAAGAGCGCCUACGGAAAUGUGGGCAGUUGAUGGGCAAAUAUACCGCAGGUCCGAUAAAAGGACCCGAUGGGAAGUACUAUAUGGACUUUGGCACUGUCUAUGGGGUUACAUGGUUUCCGAAAUUCGUGUCGGUAUUGGCCGACGAGGGCGCAGAGGGCUUUAGACAGGCCACCUUGAAGGAUAUACUGCUGAUGUCACGCCGGUACAACGAUGAUACCCCUGAUCCCCAACCUGGUGAUUAUGCUUAUGGCUUUCAUUACUUGCAACCAGGCGACCCGUUGAUGGUGGGAACUGGACGUGUGCUUGAGAUUUCAGUGCGCCGCAAUGCUCCGAUCGGCUUUGUCGUGAAAGAAUGGGACGAUAGAGUAGUUGAGGAGCUCAGUGAAGAAUGCAGCCAGGCGUGGCAGGAGAUAUUUGCUGAGGAUAAGCAGCAAUAA